GCUGAAUGAACGCAUACCAUCUGAAGGCAGCAGCUCACGCAAGGGUCGAUACCCACUGUUGUGUCCACUUGUUGAGGGAACACUUACAACAGACUACGUUUUUAUCAUGUUUAGGUUCAUGUCAGGAUCUGCGCCACGUAAAAAAAAAUUAAAUUUUCAACUAAUUCCAGAUCCUCCCAUCUGCCUGGGUAACUAACUGUCUUCCCCUUUUUUUCUUCCCCUAUACUCUUGGUUGCUAGGCUGCAGUUGGACCGCAUCCCCGCAGUGGCAGAAACCGCGGAGGAAGUUCGCGCAAGCGCACCACGUACACUCAGAGUUGAUGAUGCUGGCUGACGCUAGUAGCUCCCAGACACGAGUCUAGUUAUGUAAACUAGAUUUCCCGUCUUCCUCUUCCUCUUCUUACCAACAGAAUUUCAUCAUUUUUGACACCACCCCGAUUUACCGUGGGCAUGCGCAGUGUUUUCGUUUAACAAGGAGUAGAAAGUUUCAUCUAAACAUGGCGUUAAAUGGCUAAGUUGUCAAGCUAAAGAUGAAGUGGUCGGAAGGUGUUAACGCGGAAGGUUACCUUCGAGCGGGCCAGGAGAGGGCGGGCGAGCAGGGGCAACUCGGACCAGCGACGGGUAGGUCAGCCUGCCCCGAGGCCCCUGCUAGCUUCCUGCUCUUGCUUCAUUUCUUAAUCCAAUGAAAUAUGACACUGGAGUCUGACGAUGGGAGCCGCACGCCUUCAUUAGAAAAGCCAUAUCGGAAAGUGUCGCAGAGAUGGCGGCCGUGCUUGGCCUCUCUGCUAUUCUUCACGGUCGUGUUACUGGACAACUUCGUAACCUGUUUAAGUGUUUCCACGCAUUUCCAUAACCCUUGGAUGUCAGACGAUUUUCUUUUAGACUCCACUUCCAGUUCUAAGGUAAGUCCUACCUGUCCGAUGUCGCGUGGUUCACGCCAAUCCCAGUGCCUUUCCUUGGAGUACCUGUGCGCCCUGUCCCCGGGCAGAGAGCGGGAGAAACACUUCGUACAACUGAAUCCUUGCUUCUGUUCCCACUACCCUCUAUUAUCGGUGCUCGAGCCCCGGAGCCGAACUCUUGUCAUCGAAGGUUCAGUAGAAGAGUGUCUAAACACUUUGACCUCAAUCCGUGACCUUGACGACCUAGCUCGCCAAAUGAUGUGCGAGUUUGAAUCGUUGCUUAACCGGUAUGAUUGUGGAGGAGAAUAUACAGUCCAGUUUUCCUGUCCAGAAUGUAAGAAUGUUUAUCGAGAAUGGGUGUGUGCUAUGUUGCUUCCGUUUUUCCUUGAUGAUAGCCAUUUAAAACCCUGCCGGACGUUCUGUCAUCGGGUAGAACAACAGUGUCCCUAUUUUCAUCCUUAUAUUACAGAACAGUACGCUGGCGAACCAGUCUUCAAAUGUAUAGAUCCUAACAUUCCAGACAUUCCUUCUAUUUCGCCUAAUUCUCCUUACGGCCUACCUGGAUCCUGUUACCAGCUCUGCCAUGUCAACCCAGACAUCGAGCCUAAAACAUGGAAUACUUCUUUUUUCUGGAAGGAUUCUACGGUGACCCGCACAAAUUCGAAUGCGUUAUCACUUAAAAACACUUCACAUUUGUCUCCCGCCACUUUUUCACGAGCAGUGACAAAGACUGCAAACCCUUGCCUUAUGGCAGGACUAUUUAUAAUCAUUGGUGGAUUGUGGCGCCACUUAGUGAUCGGACAUUGUACGCAGCGAAGUAGCAGAUGGACCUGGCCAAACCCUUUUGGAAUUGUUUGCAUAGAACCCACUUAGCAUUGGUUUAGCUACUGUCGUUUUUUUUUCUGUAAUCAAAAUAGAACGAAGAGACUUAAGUCCACAUUUCUAUAGUUAGAUUAUGUAAGUACACAUCGUCUGUCUUUAUGGGAAAGCCGAUACAGUUGUUGUCUAGAAGAAAAGGCUUAAGGGUAACUAAAUGGUUGAGUGAGUUAUCACGUGACAUGUUAAAUGACUGUUUGCAGAGAGUAUGCUCGAAUGUAUCUUCAAUAUAAGAUUACAGUGUUAGAGAAAUGAUUUUUGUUCCACCGCAAUUUCUUUAAUGAAGCUGUUUCUGUUUUGUUUUUUAAGUAUCUAAAAACGUUUUUUGGUAUACUCUUUUAAUAUCUACUGUUUUUCUUAUAAUAUAUAUAUAUAUAUACGUAUAUGUGUGUGUGUGUGUUAUUUCGUAGUGUUUUAUUAGACUUUAAUUUAACAAAUAAAUAAACGACCUCUACGUUCAGAAUAGAUUAUUUAAUUACUCGAUAUUUUAUCUUGAGUAUUCGUCAAAUGUUGCCUGCAUUACAAACACUGAAAUAAUGUCGAUAUUUUAUCUUGGGUAUUCGUCAAAUGUUGCCUGCAUUACAAACACUGAAAUAAUGAAUUUAAAAAGCUGCAAAUCAAAAUUGGCGAAGACCAUAUUUAUUCCAAAGACUGACUUUAAUGAAUUUUUAGGAAUAGCAUCGAGUUUGAAGCUAUUGAACUUUGCAUAAAAUGAGUCUAAUCUUUUAAAUUAAUCAACUUAUAAAAUUCAUUGCCACAGUGUUUUUUUAUAGUACAAUCAAAAACUUGACUGAUUGUUUUAAGGUAUUUUUAGGGUAAUUAACCAUGCAACGAACAUUUAAUUCCCGGGCUUCAUAAGCUUGCAUAGUUUUUAAUAUUAGAACUCUUCAGCGUUCUUUGUAAUUUUCUGUUCUUGUGAAAGAAGAAGAAAAAAAAAUCACCGUUGAGGUGUAGUCUCAAAAAAAAAUUGUCUUAGGGACAAUUUUUCGGAAACAAAUACUACUAAAGAGCAUUGUCAAUGAAACAGCAUAAAAGUUUCUCUGAUUUUAUAAAAGUACGCUCACUACCUGAGGUGGUUUUAUCUACCACUCUGUGAGGAAAACUGAAGAAUACAACAUCAUGACCGUUUACAAGAAAACUUUGGCCAAAUAGAUUCGUUUUGAAUGCUUUGAAUAAAACUGUAACUUAUUCUGUUGAAACAGGUACACUUUGCUGCGAUUAUACUUUAUCUGUUAGUAAUUAAGACGUGGCUGUGAUGUUACUGUUUAAUUACAUAUACUGACCUGAUGGUUAUGAACCAUUAUGUAAAUUGAUUUAUGCAUAUUCGUUUAAACAAGAGCCGACGUCAUAGUGUAUCAUAUUACUGGCUUUGCACCGAGCAUAUCCUAAUUAACAGAACAUGACGUUGGCAUGAAUCGCAAUCUUAUAAUGCGUGGCAAGUGAAAACGUUAGGUGGCCACCUAGUGGAAUAUUCCUAUCAUAGUUUGAUUUGGUCAACCACUAGUCUUAUAUGAAUGUUCCAAAAUCAUGCCGUCGUGCUAACGCGAAGUAAUAUGCAUUAAGAGGUGAAGUCAUUCUAAGUACGUUAUUACACGGGUAUCCAUCAUUGUCUUUCGAAUCAACCUUCCAUUAAUAUAUAUAUAUGUACGAGUAUUUCUAAUGCAGUCCAGAGGUAAGUAAGACAAAAUUAGAUUAUCAAUCUAACAUCGUAUGCGCAAGUCCAAAACUUUGAUCACUGUUUUUGUUGUAUGCGAAAUGUGAUAAGCCAACGGAAAGAGGAAAUGAUAGGGUAUCACUACAUAUUUUUACCCAGUUUAUUUAUGGGUAAAAGUUUAACAUUUUCCUCAGUUAUUUCAAGAUUCAGACCUUCUGCUACAUUUACCAUUUUACAAAAGCGAAACAACGAAGGAUUUCCCAAGUCAUUUUUUUCAAUAUUUUACUACACUGUCUCGCAACUGGAAACGAAAUCAACGUUUUCUCUUUUUGCAAUAUUAACAUUAUAUAGAGGGAGAUACCAAAGUUGUUUUCUUAUUAUUUGUAAAGUAACGUUUAGAGGAGGAUUAUACUCGAGGUUUUCUGUUAUGUGAUGUCAUCUAGUGAACAUUUUUGAUGUCAUAAGUGAAUCCUAGAAUCAGAAUAAGCGAUAACAUUAUGUGGCUACUAGCGUGACUGGGAUAAAGAAAGACAUUAUUUGAUGUUCUUAUAAUUUUAGAAAUAUUCACCCGAGUUAGACAUUAAUUCAAUACUAAAAAUAAGCCACUUAUACUAAUCUCUCAAGAUGAGAGUGAAGAUUUACAGGGUCGAGUGAUUGAUCUAAAUGUAUUGGUUUUUCUCUGUGAUUAAUUUCGUAAGUUUAAAAGAGUGGAAAGGGAUUACAGAGAUGAGUAAUGGUAAUAGAUGUAAAUGUGCUAAUUGUCUCUGUGAUUAAUCUUUCACGAUUACAAGAAUGGAAGGAAUUACAGGGUUAGAAUUAAAUGUGUAAGUUCUCUCCGUGACCGCUGUAGUCUUCCGAUUUUAGCACCAGUACUAUAUAUUUGUGAAUUCAUAAACUAUUUCAAACUAAACUAUAGAAGCUCCACGUUUUACAUUUUGUGGCAGUUUCGGAAUCACGACUAAUGAGAUAAUGUCGAAAAAAUUAAUUAAAGAAUUUAUUGAUGCUAUUUUAAAUAUAUUUUUGGUUUACAAUAAUGAUGAAAAUGUCGGCUCAUUUGUAUAUCGAAGUAAUGGUUACUUUUAUUAUAGUUACUGCAUAUGCUUCUUUUCGAAAGCAUGAGAAUUUUCAGUUUUCUUUUUUUUUCUUUCUGCGCCAUACUUGUUUUCCAUUUGUUAUAUAAAAAUCAAACAGUGUUGAUUUUUUUAUUGUCUAUAGUUUUUACACGAACUUAUAUUUCUUAUAUGUACUGUACUUCAGUAAAUUAUAGAGGAUUUAAAAGUGUACACGAUAAUUCAUUCCUAGAGCAGUUUUCAAAAUUGAUGGAUUAAACAAAAAUUAGAGCCGUUGCUUUAAUUUUGCGUUUAGUAUAUUUUGAUUUUAAUGUGAAAAUAAAAACAAUUAUUCUUCGUUGAAACAUUGUUGUAAUCGUGGAACUUUAUCAUGUACAACAAUAAAUACUACAACAAUAAAUUAUUUGUGUUAGCUUAUUCCAAUUAACAGUAGUAGCAAUAGAAACUACGGUCGUUCAUGAGAAGGGCUAGUUUUCUAUUUUAAAGGCGAAAUGUAUGUCAUAGAAAAAAAUUACCCAUCGUACCUCAAUUCAAAUGCAGAACUACCAACGUUCGUAAAUCAUACUUCGUAACUUAAUAAUGUAUAAAAACGUAUAGUAAUGAUUUAACGUCUUACCUUUAAUUAUAAACUAUUGAAGGUUUAGAUCUUUUAAGUUAGGCCUAAGUGAUUUAUCAGGUUCUGUACUAUAUGACGAACGACAGUGCUACACUAUUGCUAAUUAAUAGUUCAUAUCAUGCUACUACUAUUUGUUUAAAGUAUUGUGUUAUGUAAUAAUAAGUUUCAUUAACUACAGCUAGAACUUAAUGACUUAUUUGUUUUCAAGUCUUUAAAAAGAAACUGAAACCUUAGUUUCUUAAUGGUUUAGGAAAUGUUUUAUUAGUAUUAUAACAUCAAACUUAGUUGUAAAUAAUUGAACUGCAUGUUUUAACAUUUCAUUCUGUGUUGUCAGAUUAUUAUUAUUAUUGUGUACAAUCGUACAGUAUUUAAUAACUGAAAAUAUACAUUAAUUAACUGUAUUUGAUUAAGGUAGAAAAGUUCACGUAUUAACGCUAUAAAGAUGAUUACAAAAGUCGUAAGAUUUAAAUUAUAUUUAUAGGUUUAAUUUUCUAUCAAACUUAAUCACAGUACCAUUAGGUGGCGCGUUUCUACUCACGCUACAGAGCCAUCAACAUUUGAUACUAUACCGUGAGCAUUAUUGACCCUAAAUUAUCUAUUUUUUUAUAGAAACAGUUUACUGCCUGCUAGUGUAGAGUAUAUGUACUGCGCUCAAUCUUACAUGUUUUUUUUUUUUGCUGUAAAAAGUUAUAUUUUAGGAUGAUUCCUAAUCAUUCCUGUUACCUAAUGCAAUAUAACUGAAUAAAAAACAGUUGUUCAAAGUAAAGUCACUAAGCAGCUUGAAAGUAGAUCCUACCUACAAUAUUAGCACUUGUGAAAUAGGUUACAGCUACUGCUUUAAAGAAAAAAACCUCAACAUUUUAAAGUUAUCACAAGCUUGAGACAGAAAAUCGUAAUUUGGUAAAAUGUUAUAAAUUAUUUUUGUUGAUUGUUUGUUGUUAAGCGCAAAGCUACGCAAUGGGCUAUCUGUGCUGUGCCCACCACGGGUAUCUAAAUCCAGUUUUUAGCGUUAUAAGCUUUAAGACUUACCGCUAAGCUACUGGGGUAGGCUUUUUUAUUGUUGCAAUUUCGUGUUUAUUAGAAAUAUUCAAGUUUAUUUAUCAGUUUUAUAUUUAAAACAUAAUUUGAAAUUGUAUCUAGCACCGCCCUCUAAGCAAUUUUAUCGAAGAGAGUUCUAGAAAGAUAAUAUUCGCAUUUUAUCUAGAAAAAAAACGAAGAAAGUUUGUUUGGUUGGUGUUAAGUACAAAGCAACACAAUGGGCUAUCUAGGUUGUGCUCACCACAGGUAUCGAAACCCUGUUUUUAACGUUAUAAGCCUUCAGACUUACCGCUAAGCCACUGGGGGCAGGAGAAGAGACAUGAAAGAUAAUAAUUUGACGUUCGACAUCUGGUGGUGCUGUGUCACAGUUUGACUGUUUCUCUAUCUUGGUCACGAACAUGUAGAUGUUAAAUAAAUGGAUUUAACUUGAUUAUUGCAAAAUUCGUUUUAGAAUUUCAACAUUAAAGUUUGUACAGAAAUUAAUUAUGAGAAGAACUUUUUUUUUUACUUUUUAAGGUGUGCAAUAAAUGUGAUAAAAAAUGCUCUUUAAUUUCUAAAAUAAAGUUCGCUCACUGAACAAAGUAUUGUAUUUUUGACUGAUGAUUUAAGCCUUGUAUCCAUAACGAAACAAAGAUGAAACUCAGCGCCACCAUCUUACAUAGAUAACAGAAUGUAAUGAAAAAGGCCUCAACAAAGAUGGCUAAAGUGGGAAAAGUAGCGACGUUCUGAAAGUCUUCUAUGUCAAACUGAAGACUUCCGAAACUUCGUAACUUUUUUUUUGCCAUCUUUGUAAGGCAGUGGGCGCCCAUUUUCAAUUUUAUUUCAAAAUUAAUAUAAUUAUGAAGAACGAAGCUCAACAAACGUUCCAAUCAACUGGAUCAACCAACAAAUAAAAUUAUAACGAAAUUAUCGAGUUUCUCGUAUAUUUUGGGAUAAUUAGUGGGAAAAUAUUGAGAACUGGUGACAUCCACAGCAUUAUAGUUAUAUCUAUAAUCAUUUUGUGUUAUUGUUUGUGUGAGUUAAACAUUAUUCAUGAUUCAUAUUUCAGCACCAAAGUCAAGUUAUGUUAAUCUUGAAUCGUUAAGCCUGGAUCUCAUUAUUUCUGUAUAGGUAUUUGUUGAAGUGUUAAAAAUACUGCAUAGUGUAGAGUUUUUAUGUGCCACCAUAGCUGGUAGCUGCAUCAAAGAUUAUAUGUUCACUGUUGAAACUGUAGUUGGCACAAGGGUGAUUAUAUAUGUAUAUAUAUAUAUAUAUGUCUAAAAAAGUUAUCGAAUCUAGUCUAUGGUGAUUACACGUCCAGCCCAUACGAUAUAAAAACUGAGAAAGCAGACAGUGUAUAGUAAGUGAUUUAUAACGAUUUUAUAUUCUAUAGAGAUAAUAAAAACUUGUGUAGAGACGACUGCUGUAAAUAGAUAUAAUUUUAAACUGUUGUUGACUUGUAAAUUCAU